ACCGCCAAAAGCCCGUCUGCGCAAGGUGCGCAAAGGCCGGUGGCGAAUGCGUUUAUCCCGAGUCGCGGAGGAAGCCAGCCACGAAGCGACGAAGCGUGAAAGAGCUCGAGGAGAGGCUCGGUAUGCCACCGCACCGCACCGUGACCGCACUCACCGCCCUUGUCACGUAUUGACACCCACCCAGCCCAGGUGGAAGGACUGCUCAAGACGGUCCACAGGCCAGCGGCCGCCCGCACCGAUGGCGCCUCAACAGAGGGCUCAUCUCCGGGGAUGAGCGCUUUUGGGGGCGAGACCUCCCGGCCCGAGAGGCCGCAAGCUCACCCGAGCGAGCGGGCGAUGCCAUGGAAGCCCCUCUCGCCGAAUACCAGCUCCUCUGGCGGAGACGAUGUCCGGUCCGGCGAGCUGCUCGGGUUGGGCCGAUUUGAAAGCCUGCCCCCUUUUGAGAUGAUUGAGGAUCUCCAUGCAGUAUUCUUUGGAUCGCAGCCCCACUUCAUUCCCCUCAUCCACCCGGGCAACUACUUGCGGGCGUUUCACUCGCCGCCUCAUAUGCGCCCGCCCAUGUGCCUGCAAUAUGCCAUCUGGUCUGCGGCGUCAAACGGGCACCCAAAGUACGGGCUAUUCCACGAUGCCUUGUAUCGCCGUGCCCGUCAGUACCUGGAGGCUGACGAGCUCAAGGGACAAGGAGAACACUUCAUCACGAUUGGCCACGCUCAGGCUUGGGCCAUUAUCGCGAGCGACGAAGCACGCUCCCUGUUGUUCACCAGGGCAUGCAUGAGUUCCGGCAAGGCCGUUCGGCUGGCCGGCAUGAUGGGCCUUCACCGGCUCGACAGCCCGCACACCCAAGAUGAACUUCCCAUGUCUCCCAUGAUUCCUCCGCCCCGAAGCUGGGUUGAACUCGAGGAGCGCCGACGCCUCUUCUGGGGAACUUAUUGUAUGGACUGUUACGGGAGCAUCAGCGCUGGGUGGCCGACUCUGGUAGACGUGGAGCAGGUCACCACCCAUUUGCCCGUGUCUGAGGAAGCCUUUGUCAACGGCACCGAAGAGCCGAGUUUUCCGCUCGAGGAUGCCUUCCGUGGCUCCUCCUACUCCAAAUUUGGGGCAAACGUCGUCAUUUGCCGAAUCUUCACGCGCCUGGUCAACCAUGCUCACCGACCGCUGCCCCACGAUCGCCCGGAAGACGUGGAAUGCGGCGCCUUUUGGAAGCGCCACAGGGAGCUCGACAAUUUGUUGUCUAGCACCUUCAUGUUUCUGCCCGGGCGCUAUCGGCUGCCGCAGAACAUUCACGACCUGAAUGCUGUGCAGUUUAACGUCAACCUACAUGCCGCCGUUAUCUGCCUUCACCUUGCUGCCCGGGAAAAGGCCGAAAGGUUCAAGUUGGGGAAUAUCGUACAGACGAGCCAGACCAGGUGCCUGACCGCCGCCCAGGAGAUCGUCGACAUCCUCAAAACGUCCAAAAACUCCAGGGUCGGGUAUAAGGGCCCUCUAAUGGCCCUUUCUCUGUAUUUCGCCGCUUUAACAUACAUCGCCCAGGCGAAAGACAAGAUGAACGACCUCAACAGGGCCAAUUUGGAAUUCAUCAUCCGGUGGAUGAAGAGCACUGAAACAUCCCACGUAAUAACCCAUGCUUACCUGCAGCAGCUUCUGCGCGACCUCAAAGGCAACGGUAUCUCGGUCUCGGUGGGCGACAUACCCGAACUUGAUCCCCCUGGCGGAGGGCACAGCCAUGGCGUCCCGCUGAUCGCCAAGUCGCGUCACGCUAAGCUGCAGUCGCCCCUACCCGGCCGUCUACCUCUAGGCGCGCCACAAGGUACCCUUCCAACGCCGACCUCCGGUGCAAUCUCGGCAUGUGCCACCUUAAUGAGCCGACAUUCCACGUUCGAAGAGAACGAGGGUCAUGCCAACAAGCGGAUGCGCACCUCAGCGGGGACAGGCGCCGGCGGCCCUCACAAGGGUCCGGCCGCGACGUGGACCCAGCAGAUGACAGACACCACCAUGGACCCGGCCCCAGACCUGUUCGAGUACACAGGCGACAGCUGGUCCUACACGACCAAAUACACGAUCAACCCGCUGACGGUCCUGCCCACCCACCGGACGGGUUCCCCGGCCAUCAACAGGUUCAACAUGGCGGACACCAUCAACUUUAACUUCUCCGCGCCCGCCCCGGCGGCCGGGCCACCGCCAGCGUUUUUCCAGCUCGACCCGCCCGGACUCCUGCCGAACGCAGGCUUCGGGAUGCACGACAUCCGUCCCGACGCUGCCAUCUCCACUGCCGCCGCCGCCGCCGCCGCCGCCGCCGUGGACACCAACCAGAGCAGGCAGGCAGACAACCCCCCCAACGACGACGGCGCCGCUGCCGAUGCGAGCGCCAACCUCCACCUCGCCCCCGACCUCCCCGAUCUCGGGGAUAUCUUUAGCAUGGACCAGCAGUGGACCCUCUCUGAAUCCUUCUACGCCAUGCUGGACAUGGCCAACCCUACGACGUCACAGUCAGGGGGCGACAAUCUCAAUGCCUGGGCGGCAUUAAACAACGAUUCUAGCCGACAAGGACCGACAGGUGUAUGAGGCUGAGCGGGAAAAACAUUGAUGAGGUUGGAAGGAACCCAGGUAAAGUGUCUUGACUGGUUCGUCGGGGUUUGUAAAUGUUAUGCAUGGGUUGGAUGAAUCUUGGCGUAUUCCCCCUCUGCUCCCGACUCUAUUACGAUUUCGGAUAAAAUGUUUUGUACAAUACCAGGGCGUUUGGAUCGGAUCGGAUAUACCGGGAGGACGGAUGGUCACG